UGCAACCGUGCACAUCCGACCUCUCCACACGCCGCCAGACCAACGCCACACUCUUGCCCAGGUGGAUAAUCUCCACAUUAAUCCUUCCAUCUUAACGACCGUAGCCUGAGAGGUGACGCCCCCUCCCACCCACACACACACACUCGCCUGAUGACCUGUCACAUGGAUGCCACAAGUGUCAAGGCUCUCCUGCUCACCCUGGUGGCACUGGCCGCCUGCGUCACUCCUACUGCCUCACAGAUCCACUGGAAUCGCGGGUGGGGCGCCGGAGGAUCCAUGGGCAAGCGCUCGCCACCGGCCACAGGAGCGGUGGCUGCGUCACCUCUGGCCGAAGCUCCAGAAGUAGACGCUGACGUGGUGCUCAGCCCUGAUUGCAGUCUUGACAUGAAUUACGUCUCCGGCCUCCUGGCUAAGAUCAUAGAGAGUGAAGUGACGCGGGUUGUGUCAUGCAUGGAGAGGGGCGGGUCGUCUGUAGUGGUUGGCAGCGAGCAGGAUCAGCUAACUCGGUACCCCUGGUGGAUGGCGGUGAGGGGGAAGGUGCCCACCACCGACCAGUAAUGCCCUCUAUAUCAAGUCAACAACGAACAUGGUCCUCAAGACCCUUCAUUUCUCUCUCUCCCUCUCCACCUGCGUCUCUCCUCCUCCAAGAGAGGAAGAAGCUGCCUCAACAGCCGCCUGUAUCUGGCCACACCGCCGGCCUCCGCAGCUGUCGCAACACCUGCCAGGUCUGACAGCCUCCACACAUUGUGAUACAAAUAUAUAUAUAUACCACUUUUAGCAUCUGUUUUACAGGUGUGUCAAUAAGGUCACUGAAGGGCUUAUACCCUUCUAUAUACUAUAAGAGCGCUCAGAAGCGAGCCACCUAUAUAUACGAAGCCUCUUGCUCCAUGCUAAGCAAACACAAACAUUGCUGGAGGAGACGGGUGACACCACAAGAUUUUAGAUCAUAAUUAAGAGCAAAUGAAAUUAAAUGUUGGUUAUAAGGUGAUCUACAAUCUCACAGAGCAUUCUAUUUUAUAUUUCCAGACUGUGCAAACCUUAACUCGCUUAGUUCUUCUAUGUAAAAUGAGUUUGAUAUUUGUCGUUUAUGAUUAAAUGAUCAUAAAAACUUUUUGUAUUUUAAAUUUAUUAUAUAAUUGUAACACUUACUUUAAGGCAUAUUAAAAUAUUACUGAUACAUGUCACUUAAACAAUGAUGAAUGUUUUUUCUUUCAUUCAAAAUCAAGUUUUUAUUUGAAGAACUUUGUCUUGUGGGAAAAUAAUUUAACAUGACACUGAAUGUCUUAUGACUGUAAGACACAUAUUCUACGACUACAAGACACAUGCUUCAUGGAAUAAACAUGUUUCAUGGCUGCAAGACAUAUGUGUCAUGACUGGAAGAAACAUGUUUCAUGGCUGGAAAAUACAUGUUUCAGGGUUGCACGACACAUAUAUCAUGGCUGCAAGAAACAUGUUUCAUGGCUGGAAGACACAUUUUUCAAGGCUACAAGACACAAGUACCAUAGCUACAAGACACAUGUACCAUGGCUGAAUAAAGCAUGUUUCAUGACUAAGACACAUGUUUCACGACUGUAAGACACAUGUUUCAUGGCUACACGACAUAAGUUUCAUAGCUGUACCUACCAACCGUUAUCAUCCGGAUGUGUUUCAACCCCAAUAAACGUCAUUCACCACACUCGCGUUCCAACAUUCCGCACAAUACGACCACUCUCUAUUAAAUGACACAAAACCUGACAGUCCCACACACUAACUGACAGUCCCACACACUAACUGACAGUCCCACACACUAAUUGACAGUCCCACACGCUAACUGACAGUCCCACACACUAACUGACAGUCCCACACACUAACUGACAGUCCCACACACUAACUAAUAGUCCCACACACUAACUGACAGUCCCACACACUAACUGACAGUCCCACACACUAACUGACAGUCCCACACACUAACUGAUAGUCCCACACACUAACUGACAGUCCCACACACUAACUGACAGUCCCACACACUAACUGACAGUCCCACACACUAACUAAUAGUCCCACACACUAACUGACAGUCCCACACACUAACUGACAGUCCCACACACUAACUGACAGUCCCACACACUAACUGACAGUCCCACACACUAACUGACAGUCCCACACGCUAACUGACAGUCCCACACACUAACUAAUAGUCCCAUACACUAACUGACAGUCCCACACACUAACUGACAGUCCCACACACUAACUGACAGUCUCACACACACUAGCUGACAGCCAUUAACUGACACAACAGACUACUGCCUGACAUCAGAUAAUGUUCAUUUACAACAGCCCAAACGCGUCUGUUAUCUCGUAGCCUAACUUUAUAUUAUAACUUUCAAUUCACAAGUUACACAAAUGGCUGCAAGUAGAAAAAAAAAGGUUAGACAAAUUAGUUGCAGAAAGGAAGUGAGCAUGACAGUGUCACUAAGACUGACACAGGUUAAUUAAGAUAGGUACAGUAUUACUAAGACAGAGGCAGUGUCAAUGAGGUGGUCCGUGUAUAUACCUUCCUAGUCAACGUGAGGUCAUCAGUAUAUACCAGUAUAUAGUCACACAGAGGUCAUCAGUGUACCGACCAGUCUCACAUGAGGACAUUAUUAAUAAAACUGAGUGUUCAA